UAUAGGAACGUAAACGUUUUCGCAGCGCUAAUGAAAUAUUGGCGAGGAGUAAAAUAAUUUAUCUUAUAUUUGUGCUGUUGCAAAACGGCUAGUGGACGCGGGCAGCAAUCAGCUGACAGGGAACAAGUGCUUGUGCUACAGUGACAUGUUUAAAGAGCGACGAGCGACCUGUGCCCGUAUAAAUGUUUUACUUUCGUGUGUGUCCCGAAUUCAGGAGACAAGAGACAUCCAAUAAGCAGCCAUCUUAUAAGAAUGGCGAGUGAAUUGCUGUGAAAACCUAUAUGUAUAAACUCCGAAACUAAUGUCGCUGAUGAGGAAAACACUGUUGACAAGCGGGCAGCUACCACAGAGGGCAGCAACAACAGCUACGGCCCACGCAGACAUGUGCAGUGCGCAGCUAAUCUAUUGUAAAUAAACUGCGUCUACGUCUAUUGUGAAUGGGCACAUUUUCUCGGUCACGUACGCCGAUUCCGAUUCCUCGAUUCCCCGUUGCAUUAACACCAGGUGCAAAAGGGGCUUGAAUUCGCGAAAGCACAGGUGCUGAAUAAAACCCCCGAUCCUCCGGAUUCAGUGACCGAAGAGCAGGAAAGCAGCGGAGAACCGUCAGCGCUACUACCAGUUACAGAUCGAAGCAAUAGACUCCAAGAGAUUAGUGUCUCGUAGAGACUAAACCUGAUUCUGGCAGUAGGACGAAAACAGAGCGUCGACGAAAAUGAAAAUGUCAGAGGUGCCCCGCAUCAUGGUCUUUCGGCCCACCUGGGAGGAGUUCAAGGAUUUUCCCAAAUAUGUAGCCUACAUGGAGUCUCAGGGCGCCCACAAGGCCGGUCUGGCCAAGGUGGUGCCACCGCCAGAAUGGGUGCCCCGGCGCAGUGGCUAUGCCGAUUUGGAUGCCCUAAAUGUCACAAUACCGGCGCCUAUAUGUCAGGUGGUUACCGGCAAGCAGGGCUACUACCAGCAAAUAAACAUCCAAAAGAAACCGUUGACCGUGAAGCAGUUCAGCGAACUGGCCAGCACCGAGCGCUACGCGACCCCCAAGCACUUUGACUUUGAGGAUCUGGAGCGAAAGUACUGGAAGAACAUCACAUAUGUGGCACCUAUUUAUGGAGCGGACGUCAGCGGCAGCAUCACAGACACCGACCAGGAUAGCUGGAACAUCAACCGGCUGGGCACCAUUCUGGACUACGUAAACAAGGACUACAACAUCCAGAUAGACGGCGUGAACACUGCGUACUUGUAUUUUGGCAUGUGGAAGACCACGUUUGCCUGGCACACGGAGGACAUGGACCUCUAUUCAAUCAACUACUUGCAUUUCGGUGCGCCCAAGACGUGGUAUGUGGUGCCGCCCGAGUGCGGCCGCAAGCUGGAGAAGGUGGCGAAUCAGUACUUUCCAGCCAGCUACAAGAACUGCAAUGCCUACCUGCGCCACAAGAUGACACUCAUCUCGCCCCAGAUACUUAAACAGCACGAUGUGCCAGUUAGUAAGAUCACGCAGGAGGCUGGCGAAAUCAUGAUCACGUUCCCGUUCGGCUAUCAUGCCGGCUUUAACCACGGCUUCAACUGCGCCGAGUCCACAAACUUUGCCAUGGAGCGAUGGAUUGAGUACGGCAAGCGGGCAGUGCAGUGUACUUGCAGCAACGACAUGGUCAAGAUCUCAAUGGACACGUUCGUCAAGCGCUUCCAGAGCGACCGCUACGAUCUGUGGCUGGAGGGACGCGAUGUUGGACGGCAUCCGGAGGAUCCCACCAACGGGACUCCCAGCGCCGCUCCCCUGCCCCCGCACCUCGAUGUCCUGCUGUGUGAUAAAAAAAUGAAGAAGCAAUGCAACCCCACCAAGGCUAAGAGUUUUAAGGAGCGCAAUCCCGAUCUUGACCUGGAUGAAAUCCAGCAGAAUCCCAACGUGCCAGAUGACGUCAAGGCCAUGCUGAAGGAGAGCGUCCUCACGCUAGACACCGCUGAGCUGGGCCUCGACGAGGGCGACUACGCCAAUGAGGAUGCCAUGAGCCUGCAGAGUCCCGCCGAUCUGAAGACAAAGCAAGAGCUGCUGGAGUACAUAGAUGACGGCACAGAGGAUGACGACGAGGAGGAGGAUUUUAAGCGGCGUAAACAAAAGCGCAAGUACGACGCCGAUUACGAUGACGACUGGUUGGCGUCGAAGCGCAAAACGAAUUCGAGGAACAGCAGCCGAGGCCGUAGUCCGCGCACCAAGGAUGACCGCUCCAUAUCGCCAGCCUCCUCCACGUCCUCGACGUCACGGGGAGCGAGACGCGGGAAGGCCAGUGGCACGCCCCGCAAGACGCCAGCGAGGCGGAAAAAGGAAGCCGUUAUCACGUCGCCGCCGGUUGCAACCGGCGCUGUCAGAGCUGUGCUGCAAUCGCCAACACCUGCACCCGCUGCAGCAGCAGCAGUCGUAUCAGCAACUCCAACGCAAUCUGCAGCAGAUGGUGGCGGCGGAGAUGCCAAAAAGGAACAGCAGAAGCUGCAGUUCAUGCAACAGCCCCGAAAGUUCGAAGGCAAGAUACCAAAAUUAAGUGCGGCAGCGGCAGGAGCAGCAACAGCAGCAACUACAUCCAAAUCUAGUCAAGAGCAGCAGCAGCAACAAAUUUACGUUAACAUGCUGCCCGCGGCCAACACACUCAGCGGCAUUCCACAGCAGCAGCAGCAAUACGGUAGCACGGACGGAAACGUCUACCAGCUGCAAAACGAGAUACUCUGUGAUGCAAACGGUCAGGCGGUGACGGCCGCCACGGCCUCAUAUCAGACCACGGCCAGCAGUCCGCAGCAUCAGCAGCAGCAGCAACAGAGUGUUGCGAGCAAUGUUGCCGACAAUGUGGUCACAACUAUUAGUUCGUCCUCCAUCCUGCAUACGAACGCCAACACCAACGGAGUGGACUCGAUCACAACCACCACCCACGCUCAGCAACAGCAGCCGCAGUACCACUACAUCACCACCACCGGCGAAGACGGACAAACCCCAACCACCAUAGUGUUCGAGAACUACAACGGCGGGCUGCCGGCGGUCACCUCCGCUGCGCCCACGCCCGUCUCCGUGCCGCAGAGCAACGCCGCUGCCACCACGACCACCACCACGGCCCUGGUCAACACGGACGGUACUAUCAUCGAGUUCGACGGCAGCACGUAUGAGGAAUACCAUGUGCUCAAGAGCGAGCCCGGCAGCAGCGACUGCCUGAGCAACGGCAGCAGCGCCGUGGCCGCCGACAUAAUCAAGUACGAGCCACAGCACGGCAUCGCCGGUGACGAGGAGGAGGACGACGAGGAGGCUGGCCUGCUGCAUGUCAAGUACGAGGAGCAGAGCCUCGAACACGAUCCGGACCACGAGCACGAUCACGACCCGGAGAAUGAGCACGAGUACGAGGAGUUUCAGGUGAUCAAGGCCGAGGUGGAGGCCGAGGCAGCGGAGCAAGCCGCCGGUACCACCAGCUAUACCAUCAGCCAGGAUCAGGGAACUUCGGUGACCUCGGUGGCGCCCAAGGCGGGUUCGGCGGCGGCAGCCAAGCAGAAGCGCAAGCGCAAGACACGCGUCAUCGCCGACGACGAGCAGGGCGAGUAUCUGGAGAAGAUGAGUGUGCGCGGUCUGGACAUCGCCCGCUAUGAGCACAUCAUUGACGGCGUGGCGUAUUGCCUCGUCUGCGCCAAGAAUGACAUCUUCAAGACCUUCAAGAACAAGUACAGCUUCCAGCGGCACGCGUAUCUCUUCCACGAGGGCCAGAACCGAAAGAUCUUCGCCUGCCCCAUCUGCAACAAGGAGUUCUCGCGUCCGGACAAAAUGAAGAUGCACAAGAAGGACAAGCACGGCGAUGUUCCCAUGCCGCCGUCAGCCACAACGACGCCUCUGAAAUCCGACGGUCCGCCGGCGAAGAGAGCGCGUAACGCUCGCACUCCACGAGUCCGAAAAUCCAAAAGCGGAGAUGGCAGCACGCCGACCAAAAAGCGGCUGGCGCAGAUAGACAGCGUCCUGGAUGAUGUGCAGAAUGCAGAGGUUCUAACAGGGUCGCCGGUCAGCGUGAGUCACUCGCAACAGCAGCCCAUGCAGCACACCCUUACCACCUCGCUGGCCUCCACGACACCACAGCCACAGCCACAGCAGCAACAGCUGCAGACGCUACCCUCGUUGGACUUCAGCGGCAUGAUUCUGCCGGGCGGAGCGCAGUUGGCGCUGGCCAAUCCAGGCGCCACCAGCUCAGUGGGUCUGCAGCGCGGACCCUCCACACCUAAUGGCGGCCAGGCCGCCGCGCCCACCACCACGCUGAUCUACUCGAACCAACUGGAGCUGCAGCAGGCACUGUUGCAGCAGCAGCUGCAUGGCCAGAGCAUCAUGAUCCAGGACCAGGCCGGCAAUCUGGUGCCUCUUCAAUUGGACGGCAGCCAGGCAAUAUAUACCACGACGCCGCAGCGCCAGCAGUCUACGGCGGCGCCCACAUAUCAGACGAACCAGCAGCCGCAGCAGCAACAACAACUGGUGCAGCAGCAGCAGCCGCUGAAGGUUCCCGCCAGCCAGGCGCAGCAGUCCCACUACGAGCUUGACAACGUGACCUAUCUUAGCUCCACGACGGCGGCCACCCCCGCGGCGGCGGAGCAGCAGCAACAGCAGCACGUGAUUGGCACGGUGCAGAGCUACCAGAUCCUGACGCCGGACGGCCUGCAGAACUUCCAGCCCAAGCUAGACUCGAGUGAGCUGGGCGACCUCUGUCCCUACUCGCAGUACACCUUCACCACGCAUGCCGGCACCCAGCCCACACUGAAUGCGAACGCGCUGGACGCGCAAACGCAACAGCAGCAGCACCAGCAUCAGCAACAUCACCACCAGCAGCAACAGCACCAGCAGACGCAGCUGCUGCAGCAGCAGCAUCCGUUCGCCACGCACCACAAUCCGCACCAGCAAUUUAUGGAGAUCAAGAACGAGCUGCUUAUCAAGGGAGGAGGUGACACCUAUGCCCUGGACGCCGCCUCCAUGUACCACCUGCCCUUCUCGCCCACGUCAAUGAUCAACGCGGUGAACGAUGUGAACACCUCGUCGCUGCUGGAGACCAAAGAAAUUAGCUACGAUAUAUCAGAGGCCGUGCUUCUAGCUCUCUAGAGAACUGUCGACAUCCACCGAAAGCUGCAGUACCAAAAAUUCUAUCUAAACUGAGCGCGAAAACUCGAGCAAAAGCAACGCAAAUGGAAGCCAAGCUGAAAAAUGAACACUGAUCGAAACUUGACGAAACAGUGUGUACACAUCACAUAGCUACUUAAUACUCAUUCGCUUGCCUCUUGGCCUUGUCCAUUCAUUCAUAUUCCUCCACCAUCUUGUUGUGUGUGUGUGUGAUCGACAACAACUAAAAUUGAAACAAAUAACAAACUCCCCCAAAACACAAUCCAUUCGAGUAACAUAAUAAAAAAAUUAAUUACAAAAUACAACAAAAAUGUAUAAAAAUU